AUGGCAGAGUAUUGUCACAGACUAGUUUUAUACUUGACUUUCGUGAGAAUUAUGAAUAAAAAUAAACAGUUAACGACGAAAUGCAGUGUACAACACAGAAAUAAGAAUAUAGACAACAACGAAGAAGCACCGGUCAAAAAAAUUAUGAAACUCGACAGAGGAAGCGAGUCGCCACAAUAUUUUUCCGAUUCACGUGUUUCCGGGUAUAGCACUCCUAUUCGAAAAAAGGUUCAAUUAAUCGAUUUAGAAGAUUCUCCUGAACUUGAUUAUCAUUAUAGUCCAAUUUCGCUUCCUUGUACUCAAGAGGGGGGUAAUGAAAUUGCGUGGGAUUGGCAAAUUUCUGCUGGCAAAAAUUCCAGCGAUAAGGCUAAACUGCAAACCAAUCAGGUGGAAACUCCUAAACGAACCAAACAAUUGCAAAAGAAACGAAAUUCUAAUUCUCCUUUAUUGCAAAAGCCGCUUAAAAGAAAACAGGUGAAAAUGGAAAACAUAGAAAAUAUUGGGAAACUGACAGCUGAAUUGAAAGCACUAAGCGAGAGAAUGAAAAGUAUGCAACAGAGUUGUGAAACUGAAAAUCAUAAUAUUGUAAAAAACGACACGAGCGAAGAAGAACAUGAAACCGUAUGGAUAGAUUUGUGCAGUGACGAUAGUGACAAUGCGAACCCACAAGUCUGUGUUAAUAAUGACAAGUUAAAAGUAGAUACCAUUAUUAGUAGUAGUAAUAAUAAGAAGGAUUCAAACUAUGAAGACUUAUUUGAUGACUCGAUCGAUGAUUCCAUGAUAAAAUGUACUCAGGAAAUUGAGGAAAAGUUGAAUUUGUGUAAGGGUAAUGGAAAUGAUGCAGUGGAAUUACUUAUAGUGAACAAAGAGAAAGAUUUGUUUUCCGUAUCUGAAAAUGAGGCAUCGUGUUUGACAACAUCUAGUAAUUCUUCUAUCUCUAAGAGUUCUUCAUUGGUUAAUUCAAGCGGUUGUUUAAAAACAUAUUCAAACAAUUUGAGUAAAGUGAAUUUUACAUCUAAUAUUUCAGUUUCAAGUUUGAUAGAUUCGAGUUUCCAAAAGUCAUAUUUAAAAAAUAAUGUGAUAAAUGCAAAAAAUGGAAAAUGCGUGUUUUCAAAGUUGCAAAAGGAAGAUGUAUCAAAGAUUCCAGACGAUUCUUUUGACGAUUGUUUAGCAACUUGUAUGGAAGAUGAUAAAUUAAUGUCUAAAUUGUCAGAAUAUGAUUUCAAUGUUUCAAAUGCAGAUUGCUUGAGUAAUUCUAGAAAGGUUCCUAAAAAAUCUAUUUCUAAUAUAAUAGAUAAUAAACAAGAUUGUAAAAAUUUUGCUCCAAAAGCAGUAUGUCCUUCUCAUAACAAUGUAUCUGUCGAACACGAAAAUCCUAAAUGUAUUAUUACCAAUGAUCUGAAAGAGAUCGAUGCUACAGAUUAUAAAGAGGCAAUUGUAAAAUCUUUUGCUGACAAAACUACUUUAGAAAGUAGAAAAUUCUUUAAAACAAAAAGUUUAUCAGAUCACUUUUAUCAAACCAAAACCUUUAAUUCGAGAAAUAAAAAGAGUAAACCUGGUGUAUCGCCUCAAAAACGAUUUCCAUCAAAUUCAGGUAGUUUCGCACUAAGUACUACUCCUAUCGUAAAAGGUCAGAAUCUGCAUGAGAAGAUUAAUAACGUCCCACAAAAAGCGCCCGGUAAUUGUUUUGUAAAACACAAAUCAACUAGUAAUUUAUGUAGUACGGAAGUGGUUGCGAAAGAGUCCCAACCUAUACAGUGUACUCCCGAAGAAAUAGAAAAAAAACGAUUGGAAGCAAAGAUGAAACUAGAGUCAAAACGGAAAUUACAACAAAAUACAAAAGUAGCUAGUACUCGAAUAGAGAUUCCGACGUUGAAGUCCGUGAAAAGGUGAUAGUCUUUGAUAAAAUAAAUUGAUGAGACUACUUUCAAUGAUGCCAUGUUAUAUUUACAGUCAUACGAGUGCUUAUUACACAUAAUACUAUAAUUUCAACUAUGUAUUAUGUUAAAAUAAUUU